AUGGCUCCUAAGAUUGCUAUUGUCUUCUACUCGCUCUACGGUCACAUCCAGAAGCUGGCCGAGGCAGAGAAGAAGGGCAUUGAGGCUGCUGGUGGUGAGGCCACUAUCUUCCAGAUUGCUGAGACUCUCUCCGAGGAUGUCCUUGCUAAGAUGCACGCCCCACCCAAGUCCAGCUACCCCAUUGCCGAGCCCACCGACCUGCUGGAGUACGACGCCGUCCUGUUCGGUAUCCCCACUCGCUACGGUAACUUCCCUGCGCAAUGGAAGACCUUCUGGGAUAAGACUGGCGGCAUCUGGGCCUCCGGUGGCUACUGGGGCAAGUACGCCGGUCUCUUCGUCUCCUCUGGUACUCUCGGCGGUGGCCAGGAGUCGACCGCCAUUGCCUCUAUGAGCACCCUCACCCACCACGGCUUCAUCUACGUCCCUCUCGGUUACAAGACCACCUUCGCCCUCCUCUCCAACUUAGAUGAGAUCCACGGUGGCAGCGCCUGGGGUGCUGGUACCUUCGCCGGUGCCGACGGUUCUCGCCAGCCUACCGCUCUCGAGCUUCAGAUUGCCGAGGCCCAGGGCAAGGCCUUCUACGAGACCGUUGCCAAGCCAGCCCAACAGCAGAAGGGCAACCGGGAAGCAGCAAAGGAAAAGGAUAGCGAAGGAGGACCCUGCGGUUUGCCCAAGAAGUGCACCAUUCAGUAA